UGUCGUGUGGCCGAUGUUGGUGCCCUGCUAUCGGGGUCCCCCGUGCCUGGACCCCCCAGACCCCUCGCUGACACCCCCUCGUCCCCCCAGGAGCGCCGGGAGCCGGAGGAGCCCUCAGCCCACAUCUACCUCAACCUGCAGGAGCUGCAGCGGGAGGCCGCCGCGUGCAGCACAGCCCUGCAGCCCCACAGCGCCGACUGGGAGACCCACCGCGACUCGGAGUCGGGACAUUUGUUUUAUUACAACCCCAGCACUGGGGAGACGACGUGGGAUCGGCCCUUCGAGCUGGAUGGCGAUGCCGUGAGUCCCGGCGCGUCCCCCCCCAUGUGGGGACACCAGGAGGAGCCAAGCGGGCCGGCGCUCUCCUACGAUUCAGUGACAGGCGAGGGGCCGUGGGACCCACAGAGCGUGGGAGAUGGCACCUGGGAUGAGGAGAUGGGAAUGGCGCCCUACAGCCCCAUGGAGCACAGGCCGCCCACCCCCGAGGCCGAUUACCCCGAGCUGUCCCCAGAUGAGCUGGAGCCCUGCCCCGAGGAGGACGGCUCGCCACCGGGCUCCUACCGGUGGGGGGCGGCUCCCUGCCCACCCCCCCGGUGGCACCAGGAGCUGGCGGUGUCCCCACGGUGGGACGGAGCCCCUGGGGAGCGGGAGGCACACGGCACCGAGACGGUCCUGGCAGGUGGCCUCCACCAGCGGGCCAGCAGCAGCUCCAGCCAGGACAGCGGGUUGCUCGCAUGGCCAGGUGGCAGCCCGGCAUCACCAGGGCUCCGUGAGGAGAAGCUCAAAAGCCUCGACAAGGCUGGGGUGCUCAACAGGACCAAGACGAUGGACAGAGGGAAGCGGAUACGGAAAAACUGGAGCUCCUCCUGGACGGUGCUGGAGGGUGGAAUCCUGACCUUCUUCAAGGACUCCAAGCACUCGGCUGCGGGAGCCCUGCGGCACCCCACCACCCUGACCACCCCGGAGCACACGGUGGAGCUGCGUGGAGCCGCCAUCGCCUGGGCCAGCAAGGAGAAAUCCAGCAAGAAGCACGUGCUGGAGCUGAGGACGCGGGAAGGCUCCGAGUUCCUCAUCCAGCACGACUCGGAGCAGAUCGUCACCACGUGGCACCGGGCCAUCGCCGACAGCAUCGUGCUGAUGGGCUCCGAUGUCCCCACCGAGGAGGACGCCGAGAGCGGGACGGAGUUCGGCUCGCGGGAGAAGCUGGGCGCAGCCAGCCCAGGCGACAGCGAUUCCAGCAAAGUGCGCAACAAACUGCGCAAAUUCCUCCAGCGGAGGCCGACGCUGCAGUCCCUGCGUGAGCGUGGGUACAUCAAAGAUCAGGUUUUUGGGUGCUCGCUGCAAGCGUUGUGUGAGCGGGAGCACGGCACGGUGCCACGGUUUGUCCAGCAGUGCAUCCAGAGCGUGGAGAGGAGAGGGCUGGACAUCGACGGGCUCUACCGGGUCAGCGGCAACCUGGCCACCAUCCAGAAGCUGCGCUACAAAGUGGACCACGAGGAACACCUGGACCUGGACGACGGGCGCUGGGAGGACGUCCACGUCAUCACCGGUGCCCUCAAGCUGUUCUUCCGUGAGCUGCCGGAGCCGCUCGUCCCCUUUGGGCACUUUGACAAGUUCAUCGCCGCCAUCAAGAUGCAGGACCCGGUGCUGAAGGGACGCUGCAUCCGUGACCUCGUGCGCUCGCUGCCGCCCGCCAACCACGACACCAUGGAGGUCCUCUUUGGGCACCUCUGCAGGGUGAUCGAGUUCAAGGAGGAGAACCGCAUGUCGGUGCAGAGCGUCGCCAUCGUCUUCGGCCCAACGCUGCUGCGGGCGCCGAGCGAGGAGGGCAGCAUGGCUGUGCACAUGGUGUUCCAGAACCAGGUGGUGGAGCUCAUCCUCAACCAGUAUGGACACAUCUUCCCUGACGGGUAGCGUGUGACAUGGGGACAACACAGGGACACCGCGAGGACACCGUGGGGACACUGCGGGACAGCAUGGGGACAGCAUGGGAACGUUGCAGGGACAUCGUGGAAACACCAUGGGGACACCAUGAGGACUUGAUGGAGACACCAUGGGGACAUGAUGGGGACACCACAAGAACAUCAUGAGGACA